CUUCUCUCUCCUCUUCUUUCUUAAUAUUCCAACUAAUCUCUUCUGCGCGUCUUCACCUCCACAAAUCCAUUGCUCAUCACCCUAACCUCGAUUUCAGUACUGCUAUUCUUCUGAGAAAAGAUUUAAUUUGCAGUCAAAUUUGUAAACUCUGUGCUCUGAUAUUAGCGACCGCGGUUGCGCCACGUGUCCAUAGCGGCUGAGGUCUCUAGUUUUUUGUCCCCCUUGGGGCCCCUAUUGAGCUUAAUUUUAACAAACCUCUCAGCGGUGCGCAGCCCCUUGCACGUUGUUACUUGUUAGGGGAAAGAUUCCCAUAUAUUGUUGCUCCGAUCAACUCGUUAGUUUGUUAUCACAGUAGCUUAAACCCCCCCUCCCUCCUGGCCGAAAAGAAACGUUGUUGCGGCCUUGCGAGUGGUCAACUUGUUAUAGUUUCCGGUUUUGGUUCUUAUUUCAGCUUUGAUAGUUUACUUGGAUAAUUAGAGACGUGUGUAUUGGCGGAAUCUUUCUUUCUUUCACAGCUUUUUUUUUUUAAUUUUAAUUUUUGGGCCAGUGGCAGGUCGCGUAGGACUAAGGAGACGAGUACGACAGAGAACAUGCUGUAUAUUUUGUUGCCUUAGUUUAGGCUUAAAAAUAAGUGGCCAUUAUGCUACGUUUGUUGGUUUAAAUGUUACCGAGCUUCAUUGAGGACGGGUUUACCUGAAGGAGUACUGUGAUCAAGCCAUAGAUGGCUCCGCUUUUUGUAUCCAUGAUACUCGCGGGGAUGGGCUCGUGUCCCGAGUUUAAUAGUGUUCUGGGAGCGUAUUCAUCCUGCUAUCCAGUUUAUUUCUGGUCACUUAUUUACUCUCUACGGAGGGAGCUCGAUUCCUCUUUCAUCCUCUGAUUUAUUUUCCUCUUGAAAAGGAGAGCUAACACCAUGCUAACUUCAGUUCCCAUCAAAUCUAAUUGCCUAACGAUAUCUUGGAAUCAUAGCCAAUGAACCCUCAGUCUCAGACGGCAAUAUCUGAAGCUAGUAGAAUGCAUGAUCUUAAGAUGCCGUUGUUGCAGACUCCCCAAGAUGCCACGCUCCGGGAGGUUAAGUUUAGAAUACAGGAUAUUACUUGUGCAUCCUGUGUAAAUUCAAUAGAAUCUGUAGUUGGAAACCUUGAUGGAGUUACUUUUGUUACGGUGUCAGCAAUUGAUGGCAAAGCUACAAUCAAAUAUCUGCCAAAACUUAUUAGUGUCAAGAAAAUAAAAGAAACUAUAGAAGAAGCAGGUUUUAGAGUUCACAAGCUUUCAGAGCAAGACAUAUCAGUAUGUAAGGUCAGGAUUAAAGGAAUGGCGUGCACAAGCUGCUCUGAAUCUGUUGAACGUGCUCUUCAAAGGGUUAAUGGUGUGAAAAAAGCAGCAGUAGGCCUGGCUUUAGGAGAAGCAAAAGUGCAUUUUGAUCCUACUCUCACUGAUAUAAAGAAAAUAAUUGAAGCAAUAGAAGAUGCUGGCUUCGGAGUUGAUCUCAUUAGCUCGGGGACUGAUGUGAACAAAGUGCAUCUAAGACUUGAAGGACUUGAUUCUCCAGAGGAUGUCAAUGUUGUAAUGUCAUCUCUUGAAUUAGCUAAAGGUGUAAAUCAUGUUGAGAUGGACUUGACAGAACGUAAAGUUACAGUUUCCUAUGAUCCAGAUGUUACAGGUCCCAGAUCUCUCAUACAGUGCGUUCAAGCUGCUGCUCAUGGCCCCAGUGGAUAUCAUGCAGUCUUGUACUCUCCUUCAGGACAAAGAGAAACAGGGAGCAUGAAUGAAAUUCUUAUGUACAGGGACCAAUUUUUGUUUAGCUGCAUAUUUUCAGUUCCCGUGUUCUUAUUUGCCAUGGUACUUCCCAUGCUUCCUCCGUAUGGCAACUGGUUGAACUAUAAGAUCCAUAAUAUGUUAACUAUUGGAAUGUUUCUAAGAUGGAUCCUUAGCACGCCUGUUCAAUUCAUAGUUGGCAAAAGGUUCUAUCUUGGAUCAUAUCAUGCACUGAGGCGAAGAUCUGCUAACAUGGAUGUGCUGGUUGCACUUGGCACUAAUGCUGCGUAUUUUUACUCUAUUUAUAUUCUAAUAAAAACGCUCACUUCAGUAACAUUUCAAGGACAAGAUUUCUUUGAGACCAGUUCCAUGUUAAUAUCCUUUAUUCUCUUGGGAAAAUAUUUGGAGGUUGUGGCUAAAGGGAAAACAUCAGAUGCUUUAGCAAAGUUGACACAACUUGUUCCUGACAAAGUUUGUUUAUUAGCCCUAGACGCUGAUGGGAAUGUCAUCUCUGAGACAGAAGUCGACACUCAACUUAUUCAAAGGAAUGACAUAAUUAAAAUCGUUCCUGGGGCCAAAAUUCCUGUCGAUGGCAUUGUUCUAAAAGGGCAAAGUUAUGUAAAUGAAAGUAUGAUCACAGGUGAGGCAACACCAAUUGAUAAAAGCCCGGGAGACAAGGUUAUUGGUGGGACCGUGAAUGAGAAUGGCUGCUUACUGGUUAAGGCCACACAUGUUGGAAUGGAAACUGCACUUUCUCAAAUUGUUCAACUUGUAGAAGCCGCUCAACUUGCUAAAGCACCGAUUCAAAAACUUGCUGACCGAAUUUCAAAAUUUUUUGUUCCAAUAGUGGUUGUUGCAGCAUUCAUAACCUGGCUGGGAUGGUUCAUCCCUGGUGAAGCUGGCAUUUACCCUAAGUAUUGGAUACCAAAAGCUAUGGAUGCAUUUGAGCUUGCUUUGCAGUUUGCUAUUUCGGUUCUUGUUGUUGCCUGUCCAUGUGCUCUGGGUCUAGCAACACCAACAGCAGUCAUGGUUGCUUCAGGUAUGGGUGCUUCUCAAGGGGUACUUAUCAAGGGAGGAGAUGCACUGGAAAAGGCACACAAGGUGAAAGUUGUUGUGUUUGAUAAGACAGGGACACUUACCAUUGGAAAACCAGAGGUGGUCAGUGCAGUGUUAUUUUCUGAAUUUUUGAUGGAGGAGUUAUGUGACAUGGCCAUUGCUGUGGAGGCAAGCAGCGAACACCCAAUAGCAAGAGCUGUUGUGGGUUAUGCAAAGAGGCUGCGCCAGAAGUUUGGGUCUAGUGCUGAGCAAGUCUUUGAUGUGAAGGACUUUGAGGUGCACAUGGGGGCCGGGGUAAGUGGAAAAGUUGGGGGGAGAACAGUUUUAGUUGGGAACAAACGACUAAUGCAUUCCUGUAACGUUUCAAUUAGUCCCGAGGUGGAAAGGUAUGUUUCUGAAAAUGAAGUUCUGGCUAGAACCUGUGUGUUAGUUUCAAUUGACGGAAAGAUUGCUGGAGCUUUCUCUGUAACUGAUCCUGUAAAGCCUGGGGCUAAGCGCGUGAUAUCUUUUCUCCACACCAUGGGCAUAUUAAGCAUCAUGGUGACUGGUGAUAACUACGCUACCGCAGCUGCUAUUGCAAAUGAAGUUGGUAUUGACAAGGUCUUUGCUGAGACUGAUCCACUGGGGAAAGCAGAUAAGGUUAAAGACUUACAGAUGAAAGGUAUGGUGGUGGCGAUGGUGGGCGAUGGAAUCAAUGACUCACCAGCUUUAGUUGCUGCAGACGUGGGUAUGGCAAUUGGUGCCGGAACUGACAUAGCCCUAGAAGCAGCCGAUAUAGUUCUGGUCAAAAGCAGCUUAGAAGAUGUGAUUACAGCCAUAGAUCUCUCGAGAAAGACCAUGUCUCGCAUCCGUCUCAACUAUAUCUGGGCUCUUGGUUACAACAUUCUUGGCAUGCCAAUUGCUGCCGGCAUCUUGUACCCCUUCACCGGAAUCAGGUUGCCCCCGUGGCUUGCUGGUGCUUGCAUGGCUGCUUCUUCUCUUAGUGUUGUUUCUUCCUCUCUCCUGUUGCAGCUCUACAAGAAACCUUUGGACGUGGGAUCCACUUGAUGCUCUCCCGGGACAAUUUUUCAAAUACAUGAAGGCGAGUUCCGAUCCACCGUCCAUAAUAAUGGCACCUAUUAGCCUUUAAGUUGUAACUAUCAGCCGGCUGAUUGAUGCCAUUUUUCCCUAAGUGGAUUUUUGGUCAUUCGUAACUAGUGAUUUCCAUUUCAAAUUGGCUGUCGGUGCAAUGAAUAAUUUUAUUAUGAAUAACAAUUUUUCUCAUGACAA